AGUCCAGGGUUUUAACCUCUAUCUAACCACCUCCUUGGCCUCUCUCCACAAUACAAAACUGUUUUUCUUGGGUUGCCAUUGGUGUAUGCUUAUCACUGGGCUGAUGGUACCCUCCUCCCUUGUCAGAGAACUGACACUGGGACGUUUUUCACUUCACGUGGUAUGCUAAAGGUAAAGACGAGGCUCUAAGAUGGCCUUGACUUUGGCAGACAGAGCCAUUGGGGCCAUUAUUGGGUCAGCAGCAGCAGAUGCAGCAGCCCAGCCCAUGCAUUGGAUCUACAAUCCAGACAGGCUCAAAGAAGUUCUCUCUGAUCUGGAGCCCUGUCCUGAGUUUCGGCCUCAGUCAGCCAAUCCUUUUUACCACAGGACGACGGGCGAGCAGACUUGCUACGGGGACCAGGCAUAUGUCCUGCUAGAGUCACUGAGCGAGUGUGGAGAUGUAAAUGUGGAAGACUUGACCAUGCGCAUCUACAAGUUCUUUGGCCCAGGAACAGUGUACGAUCUGCCUCUCAAUGAUCCUUACAGGAAGAAAGAAGGUCCCAAAGCCAUCCUCCCCAUAGAUGGCCCAUGGAGAAACGCGAGCCUGAAAGCUUUCAUCAGAAAUGUGGAUGCUGGCAAAGAAGAAACUGGCUGUGAUACAGACUGUCAGAUGGACGGCGUCACUAAGCUGGCUCCGGUGGUGGCCAUGUACGCUGGCCGACCUGAGAUGCUGGAGAAGGUGGAGAAAGCCAUACGGGUGACCCAGAACAAUGACAUGUGUGUCGCUGGGACACUGGCUGCAGCAAGGUUUUUGGAGCAUUUCAUUCUGAAUGGUCCAGAUCCAAAUGCCCUAGAUGCUGUUCUGACCCAGUUGAAUGACCCGAAGAGACAGAACCCUCAGGAGCUGGACCAGGCUGCCAUUGCACAUAUCCACCAGGUGAAGGACAACCUGGCCAAGACAUCCCAACAGCUCAUACCUGCUGUGUUCACAAACACAUGAGCUUUGCCUGGGGCGUUCCAGGGAGCGCUUCAUGGAGUCCUGAAGCUGAAACAGCUGGAUGAAGCAGUCAGGGACACCAUGCGCUGCGGGGGAUGCACCGCCAGCCGAGCCUCCUUCAUAGGAGCCUGUUUUGGGGCACAGACUGGUCUCCAGGGAAUCCCAGAGUCUUGGAGGAAGAGGACACUCAGAUACCCUCUGCUGCUGGAGCUAGCUGAAAAUGUGGUCCAAAAAAGUCAGCAAUUGUAGUUUGUAGCUUUGAUUUUUGCCCUAAAUAAAAUUGUUUUAUCUGCUAUCAAGUAUUUAUGGAGCGCUGGGUAGUCAAAGCUAUUUUAGAAGACUUUCUCAAGUUGCAGGUGCACUUUGACAUGACGAUCCAUGACAGUCGCAUUCUAAAGUCUUGUACUGAAUGAAACUUGAAUCCUUUUGCUCCGUCAAAGCUGCACCAUGUAAGAAAGUGAAAGUCUGUGUGAAGUAUUUAUGUUGUGUUGAGGACAUGGAAUACAUUUAUCCUCAGCAGCUGCAUCGUACACUAGGAAACAGUCUCAAAUAAAGAACCUUUAUGUCACCAACAUA